ACUGACUGCUCACACCGCGUUAGUACGGCCGCGGCGAACUCCGGCGCAGCAAGUAUCAAGACCGUACGACACGUGCGGUCAAUCGACUCUGUUUAAUCGAAUGAAAACGAUACAAAAAAUAGAUAAAGUGACGUUUUUGUCAUUCGAAAAAAAGUUUAUAAGUGGCCAGGAUUUUCAGUGGAAAGUGUUUACUGAAACUUUGUGUUUUGUUUGUAAGAGUGAGUGCCUAACUGAGUUUAGAGUCCCGUUGCCCGGCUCGUGAUAUCGAUUUGCUAAGCUUGCGUGCCAGGAUCUUAGAGAAUUUCUUAUUAUACAAUGCUGCGGUAACCAGAGUUAUCAACGAUGCUUCGCUGCAAGAUCAACAAGCUGAAAACACUCUUCGGAUGACCUAGGAGGUGGUAGGUGCAGCGAUGACGUCACACCUGGGGCUGGGGGCGGAGCGGCGGUACUCCGUGCCGUCCAACCCCAUGAUGCACGACCCACGCGGCAUGCACUCCGAGGAUCUGCACGCCUGGUCUAUAUACAGGCAAAAUCUGAACUCGGACUUCACGGACAGCGCAUUGGGCAGUACAGACAAGAGUCCGCUACCGUACGGCAACUUCCAGCUUCGGGACACCACCGUGCAAUCCAUAUUGGCUCAUCCGAGAUAUGGCCCUAAGUCAGCACUCGGCUCAAACAUGUACACCUACCUGAAGUUUGGUCUACCUCGAGUGUUCCCACCGAACCACAACGGGUCCCAGCGAUCCGGCACUCCGAAACCCAAAACCUCAAUCGGCAGUGGCAUGAAGCCAGCGCCCCGGAUCCAGCGACAGAGCCGGGGCAUGAGGGAAACCUCAUCAGGCUACGACAGCUCCGACAACGAAACAACGACGAAUAACUACAACAAGUACAGUCGGAAGUACAGAUCCGAUCCUGAUUUCCGGAUGCAGAAUCUUCAUACGUCUUAUCAGCCAGGUACAGGCGUGCCUCUGGUGGCGAUGCAGCAGGCGGGUAUCCGAGAGCGCGAGGGCCACUGGACCAGCGCCCGCAACAAGUCCGUGAGCGAGGCCAACCUGCUGGGUAUAGACGCGCGGCCCUACCGCUCGCAGUAUGGCACUAAUCGGAGGAACAGCGUCGCCGAUUUCGUGCCUGAUGCUGAUCAUCAUAGUUAUCUGAUGCCCUCAUCCCACCUUGGCGGGCGCAUGUCGAAGGCUGGCAGCCACAUGUCCAUAGCGCAGUCCCGGAAGCACUCCACACUGCGGCCUGGCGACCACCUCGAUGGAUACACGCACUCCGCUUAUAUUUAUCCUAAUUAUUAUGUGAACUCCCUAGAAGUGACGUCACCUCAGAACAAGUCAACGCUGCUGGUGUCGAACCUGAGCUUCGAGGUGAAGUCGGGGGAGAUCCUGGCGGUGCUGGCCACGUCUCAUAGCGAGGCCACCGGGCUGCUCGACGUGCUCGCUGGAUGCCGUAAGAAACUAUCGGGAGACAUAGUCCUAAACGGCCAGCCGGUUGCGUCCACAACUCUUCGCAAGAUAGUCUCAUACGUGAGGAACGACACGUCCUUCUGUCCCACCAUGACAGUAGAACAUACUCUGAGGUUCCAUGCGGCCUUGAGACGGCCCAGGAAGAACCACAAUCAGGUCAAGAUGGAUGACCGAGAUCGGAUAAACCUCCUAAUAGAAGAGCUAGGACUCGAGCAAGUGAGAGACACAAACGUAGGUCGUCUCACUCGCUCCGAGAUCCGAAGACUCAACGUGGCCUGCCAACUGCUGGCAGACAUGGCGAUCCUCAUCUUAGACCAGCCCACGAAAGAGAUGGAUAUAUUUGACACGUUCUUCCUGGUUGAAUAUUUGAGGAAUUGGGCGAGCACCGGCCGCGUCGUCAUUAUGUCGUUACAUCCACCGACGUAUGAGAUUUUUGCCAUGCUUACUAAGGUAGUUUUAAUAUCAGCUGGUAGGACCAUGUUCAGUGGGUACAGACGAGACAUGUUGCCAUAUUUCGCUUCCAUCGACUAUCCGUGUCCUGCUUACAAGAAUCCUUCCGAUUAUUACUUGGACCUAGUAACGUUAGACGACCUAUCGCCGGCGGCCAUGUUGGAAUCGUCGUCCCGUAUCGAGGCUCUAGCUGGCGUGUUCAUGGGGGCGAUGUCUGCCCCCGAGCCGCCCCCGCCCGUGCCUCUUCCCGCCCCCAAUACCACCCCGAAUGCUGCAGUGCAGGUCAUGGCUUUACUAGAAAAAACGCUAGUCUACACGCAAAUGAGCACGCUGUCCAACAUCAUCACGAGGAUCAUCAUCGCCGCCAUCAUGUCUCUCGUGACGGGGACCAUCUUCUGGGACCUCCCCACCACCGACGCGCAGUUAACCCAGAACGACCGCAUUGGCUUCCACUACGCCGUCAGCUGUCUGACCGCCAUACCCCUGCUGCUGUGGCUGAGCGUGCGUGAAGCAAGCUCCUCGCGACGCCACGUGACUAGAGAUGUCGCCGCGCUGCUGUAUAGCAAACAUGUCUAUGUGCUUUUAGAUCAAUUUCUGGAGCUGUGGUCGGCGGCGAUCACGUGGCUCGCCUUCCUCGUGCCGAGCUACGCUAUGAGCGGGCUUUACGCGCAGUCUACCGCGUCUUUUGACGGAUUCUAUUUAGGCUACAUGCUCCUCUACCUAGUGAGUUUGCAAAUGAUGUUCCGAGCAUUCGUCUUCCUGAUCCCUAUGGAGAAGACGGCAUCAGUUCUAGCCGGUUUCGUGCUAUUACUGACGACCCUGGUCAAUGGCGUCAUGCUGCAUCAACGGGACUUCCCCUUCUAUGUCAAAUGGCUGGAGUAUGUCUCUCCGUCGCGAUGGGUGAUGCCUGAACUGUUGCAACGGGAGCUCAGCGAAAUGGCCUUGAGGAAUAGCAUCAGCAAAGAAAUGAGGUGUACUAAUAAACAGAGACCCUACCAAGAUAUCAUAGUCCAGUCACCGUGCCCUCCGCCCAACGGAACACAAGUCCUGUCCAACUUCGACUAUUUACGAUCAGAAAACAUCUGGGAAUGGACCACUGAGAGCUUCCUCAUAGCCCUGGCAAUUUUCUACGCCGUUUUCGCCCUUAUCGCCAUAAUAGCUUAUGUUCUCGACUGUACUAACUAUGCGAAGAGAAAAGAAAAGCGACAAAUGAAAGGACAUAAGGUUACUGUCAAUACGCCUUGAUAAUGCAUGGAUUGUUUUAAGUAGGUAUGUUAAUGAAAGAUAUUUUUUUAUAAUUCCCUUCAUAUUAUAAAAUUGUAAACGGGCCGUUUUAAUGUGAUAGAUUAUUUUUGUAUAGGCAGGUAUACUUUUAGAGACUAGAUAGGUAGGUAUACUGUCAAAAUAAAUGUACAAAACUUGUCGUAAGUAUUGGAUGAUAUCUAAUAGUCUUCCGUCCUUAUUUAGCCCCCCUGUAACUUCGAGAUUACUUAGUUUGGGCAUUCGCGGUGUUAUUUUUUAUAGUGUAUGCAUUUUAUUUAGUAUUUUAGGUAAACUGUUAUAAUUGGAAAAUGCUGAAUGCUGCUAUUUAUCACAAUAUUCUAGCCAAGUUUUAGGAACUAACAUAAGUACUUAAUUAACUUUAUGACGAAUUAUAUAAAAUGUAUUUCUAAUUAUUAACAAAGCCUACUAACUUAUUCUACAUACAUACAGUCUAUGUAAUCUCAAUUCACUAAUUCCCGUAAUUUGUACUGUCUGUCUAUUAUUCUGUUCAGCAUGGCAUAACAUAUUAUGGUAUUCUUGAAUCAUUGUGGCAUCAUAAUGACGGUUUUUUUUUGGAUCUUU